AUGAGUAUCUCGAACAAAAGAAUUGACAUGGCUUUUGGUCUAAUCGCUGUUGUAAAUAUAAUUGCUUUAAUUCUUUGCAUAGGGCUCAUAUUUUUGACUAUAUAUCACAUUAUCGCAUUUGAAGAGCUUAAAACCGAUUACAAGAAUCCUGUCGACCAGUGCCGUAGUCUAAAUCCGCUUGUCAUUCCCGAAUAUUCUAUACAUGGUUUCUUUACCCUAUUGUUCCUACUUACUGGACAACUUUGGACAGUGCUUUUUAACAUUCCAUUGAUUGCAUAUAACAUCAACAGGUAUCUUAAUCGCCCCCUUAUUUCUGGGCGUGGUCUUUAUGAUCCUACGACGAUUAUGAACAACGACGAAUUAAGUCGUGCAAUGAAAGAAGGAUGGAUAAAGAUUGUUUUCUAUGUACUAUCAUUCUUCUACUAUCUCUACGGGUAA